GCGGCGCGGGCCCAUGGCGGCCUGAGCGCGGCCCCGGCAUGGCGGCCGCGGAGGCGGCGGCGCCGCCGCCAGCGGGCGAUGGGGGAAAGCGGCCGGAGGGCGACGAGUGGUGCGACAGCGGCCUGGGCUCGCUGGGCGACGGGCAGCUGGCGCCGCUGCCCGCCAGCCCCGGCCCGCUCCCGGGGCCCGGCGGCCUGCCCGGAUCCCCCCCCGGUAACGAGGAGGCCCCGGCGGCGGCGGCGGCCCCAGACCCCGAGGCCUGGCUGCGACACGUGCUGAGCUUCGUCACCGAGGACGGCGACACGGCCCUGCACCUCGCCGUCAUCCACGAGCACGAGGCCUUCCUGGACUCCAUCCUGCAGCGCACCGAGGGCACGGCGUACCUGGACCUGCAGAACGACCUGGGGCAGACCGCGCUGCACCUCGCCGUCAUCCUGGGGCUGCCGGCCUUCGUGCGCAAGCUGCGGGCGGCGGGCGCGGGGCCGGGGGUGCAGGAGCGGGGGGGGCACACGGCGCUGCACCUGGCCUGCCGCGAGGGGCAGCCCGCCUGCGCCCGCCACCUCCUGGGGCCCCCCCACACCCCCCCCGCCGCUGAGACGCGGGAGCAGCUGGAGAGCGUGAAUUAUGAUGGUUACACCCCCCUGCACGUCGCUGUUCUGCGCAAGGACGUGGAGCUGGUGCAGCUGCUGCUGCGCGCCGGCGCCGACCUCAACAAAGCGGAGCCGAGCUGUGGCCGCACCCCCCUGCACCUGGCGGUGGAGGCGCAGAGCCCUGAGCUGGCGGAGCUGCUGCUGCGGGCGGGGGCCGACCCGGCGGCGCGGGGGUACGGGGGGCGCACCCCCCUCUACAGCGCCCGGCACCGCCCCGACCCCCGCCUGCCCCAGCUGCUGCGCGCCUUCGGGGCCCCCGACCCCCCCGGCGACUCGGAGGACAGCGAGGACGACGGCGAGGACGACGGCGACGACAGCGAUGACAGCAGCGGCGAGGAAUACGACGACAUCGUCAUCAACAGCGGCCGCUGCGUGGACUAAGGACCCCCCCCAGACCUGCGGGGCCGCCCCCCGGACCUACAGCUGCCUUCCCCUAUUUAUCGGGGCCCCCUGAAGCCAUGGGCUGGACUUUGGGGGGGCCCCCACGCCCCCUCCUGCCCCUUCUCCCUGGCCGUAGCGUAGAGGAUUUCUAUCAAUUGUUGUAAAAUAAAAAAAGGGGGGGGCAGCCCCCCUCCACGUGCCCCCCACCCCACAAAUCC